GAGAUUUGGAAACAUCAGAAACCAAAGCUUGCUAAAUGAUUUCACUCAGUCUCCAAAUAUGCAUAGGAUUUGCAGCAGCAGCAGAAGAAGACCAAUCCAUCGAACCAAAGUCUCUCAAGUGUUUUACAAUGUCGGUGUUACAUCCAUCCGUGGAAGUGGAAGUUAUCUGCGCCGACUACUUUGGCGACGAACUUGUGUUGCCUCUGCCCAAGCUUAAUAACAAGAUGGAUAGCUACAAAAGCAGCGGGAAGAAUACUGCAGCAAGGGUGGCUGGAAAACCUGCUGCCACCGAGGUCCAGAAUAAGGGUACUGACCAUCACCACCACCCCAGUAGCCACAAGAAAUCAUUCCUGGGAUUCUCUCCGGCUUUUGAUGGCUUGCAUUGUUUCGAGACGCUGAAUUGGAAUUGAUGAGGUUCACCAUCCUUAAAAGAAACCACAAACGUAGCCUUCUCCCUUCCAUGUCAAAAGGAGGUAGUAGUCACACUGUAGUGGCUUUUCGUAAUAUCCUAGUAGCUUGU